AAAAAAAAACUUUUGUUGGGUAUUGGUCUAAUCCCUCUUGCCUGCGAGACGGUGGUGAGGCCUAAAAUCCCACGACAGCCUCUUCGGAAUGUGAAGCAUGGCUGGGGAAGAAAGGAAACCAGUGUUGGAGAUGGUCCAGGCUGAUGGGGCUGAUGAGGGCUGUGUGACAUUUGUGCUGCACGAUGAAGACCAUACACUGGGCAACUCCCUCAGAUAUAUGAUCAUGAAGAAUGCGGAUGUCGAGUUUUGUGGCUACACCAUCACCCAUCCGUCUGAGAGCAAGAUCAACUUUCGCAUUCAGACACGAGGGGGACUUCCAGCCACAGAACCACUGCGGAGGGGCCUGACUGAACUCAGCGAUGUCUGUCAGCAUGUCGUUAACACCUUCCAGGAAAGAGUUAAUGAGUUCAAAGAGAGGCAGGAACAACCCAUGGACUGAAGAGCAUCACAUGUGUGACUAUGAAUCUGUCAGACCUUUUUGUAAAGGUUGGAUUAUGAAAAGUUCUCUGCAGAUUAGUGUGAUAAUAUUUUUUGUUCACAUUUUUUCAUUUUGUUCUUUGGUCAAAUGUUUGUACAGUUUUGUUGAUGUAUGUUGGAAUUGGUGUAUGCUGUAUGAUGUUUAUGAAAAAUGUCUGUCAGUACUGUGUUUAUCAUUCCUGAAUUUUUGCAAUGACUAGCCAAAGAAAUUCAAGAUGAAGACAUUCAUUUCUUUUUCUUUUUUUGAAUUUGAUGGAAAAUUUCUCACAUGAAAAACAUUCAGCCCUUUGACUUGUAUGUCAAGAUUUAUUUUCAUACUUUCUCAUGUAACACUGUUUGGUGGACUUAAAAGUGCUUCUCAAACACCAACUUCCUGUCAUCUGCCCUUUGAAGCUGUGUUUGAUGAAUGAUGGAAGAAGUGUAAGCUAGAAUGUCCUUAUUAGCUGAGGAAUGUGGUCCAAAGGUCUUCAAACAGUGCCAGGAAGGCAGAGAGCGAAAAUGAGGGGAGACAAGUGUAAAUAAUGAGGUUAAAGUUAUUUGAGGUUAAAUCGUAUCUCUGUGUCAGUCACAUGUUCACGCAUGGCUACAUCUGUGGGCUCGGAGCACAGUUUGAGGAAAAACAGCAGCUAUGGGUCACAUUUCACAAACUAUAUGUGCGGUAUGGGAAAUCUGAUCUCUCUCUCUCUUUUUUUUUGUUCAUUUGAUGGAACGAGUCGACUUUUAUUUUUUAAAUCAAUAGUGGGAGCUAUUGGAUAGUGGGAAAUAGGCUUAUUUUACUUUCACACAGAGAGAUGAGCAGAUCAGUACCACUCUGAUGUGUGUAGAAGCUUAGUUGAGCACGAGGACUGGGAACAGAAACAGCAAGACUAGCUUUGUCCACUCUCAAGUUAUAUAUAUAUGAAUGUUAAUGUUAUAUUCAGGGAUGCACUGAUUUAUCAGGCGAGCAUCAGGAUUGCCCAGUGUUUGCCUCAUUGACUGAUAUCAGACUAUUGGCAAAAAGUCAGUUUUUCCCCACCACUGUUGCCAAGUGCUUGCUCAUGGGUGAAUGUUGGACUCUAUUACAAUUUAAAAAGUGUCAUGAGACAACUUUUGUUGUGAAUUGGUGCUAUAUAAAUAAACUGAAUUCAAAAUUGAUUUGUAAUAAGAUAACCUUUUCUGACAGCAGGGGAUGAUCUGUUGUGUCGCAUCAAUUCUGUGCUGGAACGUUCAUGAGGUUCUGGCUCAUGACCUGUCUGCCGUCAGUUUGUAAUCUGUGUGAGCAGGCUACUGUAAACUUCUUCUCACUGAGGAGUUAUUUGUACAGCAUACUGAAAAGGCUUCUGAAAUGUUGAAUUUGUUCUUUUUCAAAAUCAGACAUUAUUGACAUUAUUUCCCCAGAAUGUCAAACUAUUACUUUAGUUUUGCAAAAAGAAAACUCAAUAAAAGUCAAUUCAUAAAGGCGCCUGAUUUAUAGAAUUGGGGAAAUGUAAAGUGAACCUAAUGCAGCAGCAGCCACUGUGACCACAAAUAGCAGCUGUGGUGAUGGAUGGGGUGGCCUGAUGGGUAUAAUGGUAAAUGCUUGAUGUACAACUAGAGAAAAGGUUAGUGAUCAGUUAGUGGUCAAACCAGAACUACUAAGGCAAUCGCUGCUUUCAUGAGCCCAACUCUAAUGUGCAAGAGAGAGAAUGUGCUCCUAUUUAAAAAAGAAACCACAUCAAGUGUGGGCACAAGACUUAAAAUAUUGUUUGUGCAGAAAAUCAGUUAUCCACAGCAACACAGGGAGACUGAAAUGCUGCGGUGAAUAAAGGAUUCUCUUAGAAAACAACUAUUUGGGGUGUUUCACACCACACUUGAUGUGGUUUGGUUAAAAAUAUUGCACUGUCCUGAAGCUCAGGAUUUAGUUUUUUUUUUUCCUUCAGGGAUGAGUUUGAUUUGAAACAUAUGAUGCCACUUAACUGUAGUUAUAUUUGGUUUACCAGUUCAAAGGGAAAGUCCUCUAAACUCAACUGAUAACAAUGUGCUUUUUGUUUUUUCUCCUUGUUUUUCAUAUGUCAGUACAGUAUUACAAUAUUUGCGAAACUGUCAGUUAUGGAAUUGUUGCCUUCAUAACCUGAUUUCAUGUGAUCAUAUUAGAUUUUAUCCUACAUUGUGGUUAUGGUUUAUCGAUAUAGCACUGCAUGUCUGACCUCAGGCUUUAAAGACGUGGACUGUUGAUUACAACCAGUUGUGUGCGUUUUGUCCAGUGUCGAGAAAAAACAAGCGAUUUUCUCCAGUGUUGCUAAAUAGUUCUCUUUCUAACAUGGCCAUCGAACCUCAGAAGCAAAUGUCAGUGAAUUACUGUGAAGCACAAUAAAUAAAGUAACUGCUGAUAAA